GGCGCCGGCGGCGGCGGCGGCGGCGGCGCCGCCCGGGGCGGCGAGGCCGGGGCUUCGGGAGACAGGCCCGGGGGCGGUGGACGGCCGGGAACCAUGUUCGGCUCCAGCCGGGGCGGUGUGCGCGGCGGGCAGGACCAGUUCAGCUGGGAGGACGUGAAGACCGACAAGCAGAGAGAGAACUACCUGGGCAACUCGCUGAUGGCCCCUGUGGGCCGCUGGCAGAAGGGCCGCGACCUCACCUGGUACGCCAAGGGUCGGGCGGACGGCGCGGGACUGAGCCGGGAGGAGGAGCUGGCGGCCGUGAGGCAGGCAGAGCAGGAGGCGCUCAUGGCGGCGCUAGGUUACAAGAACGUGCGGAAGCAGCCCACUGGCCUGAGCAAGGAGGACUUUGUCGAGGUGUGUAAGCGGGAAGGAGGGGACCACGAGGAGAAGGGAGUGGACCGGCUGCUGGGCCUGGGGAGCUCCAGUGGCUCCGCAGGCCGAGUGGCGUUGUCCCGAGAAGACAAGGAGGCCGCCAAGCUGGGGCUCUCCGUGUUCACGCACCAUCGCGUGGACAGUGGCCGGCUGGCGUCUUCUCCGGCCUCCGCCAGGAAGAAGCCUAGGUCUGAGGACGAGAAGGCGGAGCCGGGCCCCGAGGGCCACAGGAAAAGCAGAAAAGAGAAAAAAAAGAAGAAAAAGAAGAAGCACAAGAAAGAGAAGAAGAAAGAGAAGGCACACAGGAGCAGGGGGACUUCCCCACUGCCCCCAGCUCCUGCUGGGCCCGGGCGUCGCAGGCACAACUCGGACUCCAGCUCCUCCUCACCCAGCUGUAAGAGGCGGCGGCGUGGCCACCACAGUGACUGAAGCCAGACCUGCUGACAGUUUCCAGCCUCCAGCAGACCCCCUCCCCGCCCCCCCUGCAGGGGCCCUGGCCCCAGAGACAGCCCCUGGCGGGAGGGCAGGGGGCAUAGCCUGGGGAGCCCCCGUGCGGCUUUGGGGUGGCCAAGUACAGCUACUUCUAUUUUUCUUUAAUUCACUCUUUGUACUUAAAUAAAGUUAUUUUAAGGGGAAAGUAUUUCACACUCAAGGGUAGGUUGUCACAUGUUCCAGUAGAAAGGGGCAGGGGAGAACAUGACGACGGUAUCAGGUUCCAGUAAGACCAGCCAGAGACCCUGGUGGGCCUGUCCCUGGGCAGUGAUGUCAGAUGUACCAGAUCAUCUGGGUCACAUCUCACCCUGGGUGAUAGGCUGGACAUGUAGAUCAUGAGGGUGAAGACUUGUACCUGGAGUCUCCUCCACCCCACUCCAGGUGCCAAGGAACCUGCCCCCUGGACUCCUUGGAGAGGGGGGCAAAGUGGGGCACUAGCUCCCUCCCCCAGGCCUCCCCUCCUCUGCAGGGAGGGGACCUCUUAAAACCCAGCAGAGUGAGCACAGGACCCAGGCUGGAUCCCUAAUAAGGAAAUAUGCAUCUUUUGCUUUGGAUUUGAAAAUUAAUCUAACUAAAGACAAUUAUGUCUGUCUAA